UGACAGUGAAUCGCUACGUACCACUCGUACUGGAGUACCUCACAGUCCCACCAUUUCACUCACAGCGUCGGCAGCUCCAGCUCUCCCCUCCACGCCUACUAAUGGCCGCCGGAUCUCGCCGUCCGCACCGCCGGAGAUGAAGCGACGCCACCUCCCGCCCGUCCUCGUACUCCUUGUGCUCUCGUUCCUGUCCCUCUCCUUCCGCCGCCACCUAUUUCUUCCUCAAAGCCCGUCCCACUCCGCUGGUGAUCUGCUCCUCCGCCGGCUCGCGGCCACCGACGUCGGAGGGGAGCAGCUCCUGGCCGAGGCGGCCGCGCUCUUCGCCAACGCGUCGAUAUCCUCCUUCCCCAGCCUCGGAAACCACCACCGCCUCCUCUACCUCCGCCUCCCUCACUACACCACCUCAACCUCCGGCCCGCCGCGGCCCAGAACCGUCUCUCGCCUCCGCGUACCCUCCGAGACGCUCCCGUCCGACGAAUCCCUUCUCGACGCCUUCCGCGCCUCCCUCCGCUCCUUCAUCGGUGCCAGCCAUCGCCGUCGGGGCAAUGUCGCCGGCGUCAUGGGUGACCUCGCGGGGCUCCUCGGCCGGCAGCGCUUCCCCACCUGCGCCGUCGUCGGCAACAGCGGCAUACUCCUCGGCUCCGGCCGCGGUGCGCAGAUCGACGCGCACGACCUCGUCAUCCGCCUCAACAACGCCCGCGUGGCCGGUUUCGCGGCCGACGUCGGCGCCAAGACCUCGCUCUCCUUCGUCAACUCCAACAUCCUCCAUCUCUGCGCCGCCCGCUCCGCCAUCACCGCCGCCGCCUGCGGCUGCCACCCCUACGGCCCCAGGGUCCCCAUGUCCAUGUACGUCUGCCAGCCCGCUCACCUCCUCGACGCCCUCAUCUGCAACGCCACCGCGACGCCCGACUCCCCGUUCCCGCUCCUCAUCACCGACGCGCGCCUGGACGCGGUCUGCGCGCGCAUCGCCAAGUACUACUCGCUGCGGCGCUUCGUGGCCAGCACCGGGGAGCCGGCGAGCAACUGGACCCGGAGGCACGACGAGAGGUACUUCCACUACUCGUCGGGACUGCAGGCGGUGGUGAUGGCGCUCGGGGUGUGCGAGGAGGUGAGCAUGUUCGGGUUCGGGAAGGCGGCGGGGGCGAAGCACCAUUACCACACCAACCAGAAGAAGGAGCUGGACCUGCACGACUACGAGGCAGAGUACGACUUCUACCGCGACCUCCAGGCGCGGCCGGAGGCGGUGCCAUUCCUGGACGAGGCGCCGGGCUUCAAGGUGCCGCCGGUAAAGCUGUACUGGUGAUUGUUAUUUCAGACGUAUAAUUGUUAGUUAUUGUACAAUUUUUACACUUGGCUGAUAGAAAUGUUUAGGUUCAGUACGAGAGUGAAGUGUAAAUCAUGGGCUAUUGAAAGGGAAUGAGACUGAUAUGUUUCAGAUUGGGGAACAUGUAGGAGGGAGAAAUGUUGCUCAAUUUUGUGUUGACCAGAUGGUUCAAACUGAGUGUAAUUGUUGAUGUAUUUGUUCAAGUACAACUGUACACUAGAUUGAUACAUAUGUGUAGACUUCAAAUGUAAAUUAUCGGCGAUGGAAAGGGAAUGGAAGACUGGACUAAGUUUUUGUUUUUGA